GUAGUUGAGAGAAUACGGUUAGUGAGCCGGACCUCGAAACGACAGUGCGCCCGGCGGGCGUGUGGUGCUGUGUGCGACUUGGCACAGGUGUGGUGACUCAAGACGAGGAAGUGUUUGUGAUGCGAGUGAGAGGCACGAGACGUGAGCACGUGGCGGGUGUAGAGAGAGCUGGUGUAACGUGAGGGGCUCGCGGCUGACGAAACAACACCGAGUGUCGAGCUCAGAUCGGGAGACUGCGUUAGUACGUUUCCUCUUCGCAUCAUACCAUCAAUGACCUUAUCUGAGCUUUCUUGCUGGUCCACUCCUAGCUUACCUGUAUCAACCUGUCAUGCCGAGCUCCUGUCAACUGCAUUCCUUCCCGCGACCCAACCUGACCUGACCUAACCCACCAUAACCCUCUCCGUCCCCCUCCACACUGACACUAACACAGUGACACCUGACACCAUGCCGGACCAGUCCAGCUCCCCGGCGCGGGUGUCGAUCGUGGCUGCAAGUCGUCACAUCCGACAGGUGGUCACGCGGCAGACAGCCGACGUGGAGCGCCACCACGCCAGGCCUCCCUCCCUGCCGCCCGCCGCCCGCCCGGUCGGUGUGGGGUGGUGCGGCCGGCCGGCCGGCAGUAUACCGGGCACAGGCCACGAGUCGGGACGGUGGAGUCCGUCUCGCUCCGACCGCGAGCCUCGUGGCGUGUGCUGUUUGCUUUGUGUGGUGGUGGACGGUCGGCGAUACGGGUGUUCCGUGCCUGAGAGGUGCUCGGUUGGAGGAAAGGCACGAGUGAGUGGUUGAGUGGUCUCGCCUGCCUCUGUUGCACUUCUUCAAGGUCUUCAAGACGACUGAUUGCGGGUAACUUGUGCAAUAGUGUGACUUUGUACUGUUCCUUACCGUAGCCAACUGUGAAAAACAAACUAGAGCGCACCUCAACCGAUGUCGGGUCGCGCGUCCAGAUAAAAAUCGUGCCAGCCGGUCGCCUUGGCGAGAUAGGCGGCCCCGAGCACGCCUCGAGACGAUAACGUCUGGCUCAACCUCAGUCUGUGCGCGGCGCCGGUGGUGUUCGAGCGAGCCGACAGUCCGUCUCGAUCGGACCAGCUGCGUGUCUCGGUCGGACCAGUUGCGUGUUUGUGGUUGGCGUGGUGCGUCUGCGUCCAGCUGCGUCCGGUUGUGUGCUGUUUGCUGCAGUGUGCGUUGGAGGGCGGAUCAUCCUCAGGGGAGAUGUCACCAGACGGACGGACGUGAUACGGUGAACGGGAGACGCGAAUACAUCAGCGAGAGACGGCGUGGAGACAAACCACAGCCAUGUCUCGCCGAGCGUCCCUGGACGAGCUGCAGGCUCGCUUCACCCGAACGGCCAAACAGCGGAAAAACAGCUGUGAGCCGGCAGAGCUGCUGUCGGGCGGCGCCAUGCCGCUGGACCUGCCCCACGCCGCCGCGCCGGCCGCCUCCAAGACGCCGCGCUCGCUCAAGAUCUCGAUGCCGCGCAUGCGCCACCACGAGCCCGAGCAGCCGGCGGUGAGCGGCAGCCACGGACGCGCUGAUGCCGAUCAGGAGCCGUCGCCGCUGCCGCUUCGACUCAGAUCUCGCCUCAACGAUCUAUUUUUCCAAAUUGAGAAGGAAUUCGAAGCGGUUUGCUCAGAAAAUGCAGCAUUGCACAAGGAGCUGGAGCUGCUACAGGAGAAGCCGGACCGCGAGACAGGAGACCGGUGUGAUGACACGGACGGAGCCGUCAAGAGCAAACAGAAGCUCAUGUCGCACGCGGCGCAGAAGCUGAAGCCGGCCUACAAGCUGAAGCAGCAGACCAGUAAGAUCGUGUCGAGCUUCAAGGCGGCGUCGGUGGUGUGUGCCCUGGUUCGGGAGUACCGCGGACACAAGGACGGCGUCUGGGAGGUAUCGGCCGGACGGCCCGGGCAGCAUGUGGUCGGCACCGCGUCAGCAGACCACACGGCCUGCGUAUGGUCUGUGGACUCUGGCCGGUGUCUACUGCAGUACCAGGGCCACGAGGGCUCGGUGAACUCGGUCCGCUUCCACCCGACCCGCGACCUGGUGCUGACCGGGUCGGGCGAUCAGACUGCGCACGUCUGGCAGGCGGCCGUCAAUAUCGACUCGGGGCGGGCCAUGUCGUCUGAAGAGGAGGUGGACCCGUCCGACAUGUACGACGACAUGGCUGCGCCGGCCGAGGGUAGCAAUGUGCUCCGGACACCGAUUCUGGAGCUGACUGGACACUCUGGGGUGGUGAUCGCCGCCGACUGGCUGGCAGGAGCCGAACAGGUGGUGACCGCCUCGUGGGACCGGACUGCGCAGCUGUUUGACGUCAACACGGGCGAGAGUCUGAACACGCUGGCUGGCCACGAUCAGGAGCUGACGCACGUCUCGGCGCACCCGAGCCACAAGUUCGUCGUCACGUCCAGCAAGGACUUCACCUUCCGGCUGUGGGACUUCCGCGAGCCCAUCCCCUGCGUCUCCGUGUUCCAGGGACACACAGACGCUGUGACCUCGGCCGUGUUCAGCCGCGAGGAUAAGGUAGUUUCUGGCAGCGACGACCGCAGCUGUAAGGUCUGGGACCUGAAGAACAUGCGCUCGCCACUAGCCACCAUCCGCGGGGACGCCGCGGUCAACCGGCUGGACGUGUCGUCGGCGAACGUCAUAGCGGUGCCGUUCGACAACCGGCAUAUCCGCCUGUACGAUAUGAACGGCCAGCGUCUGGCCCGACUGCCGCGCUCCAACCGGCUGGGCCACCGGCGCAUGGUGUGCUCAGUGGCGUGGAGUGACGACCUCAGCUCGGGGCGGCCGAACCUGUUCAGCAGCGGGUUCGACAACACGGCCAUCGGAUGGCUCAUCACCCCGCCCAAGGACAGCAAGGACUAGUCAGCGCGCCCCGAGCGCCGUGUGAUAUCUCGACCGACCAGUGACCGCCGCCGUCGCCGCCGCCGCCGCCGCGGCUCGCAGAGCUACCCUUGCCCUUUCAGUUGCCUGUUUGUAUACGGAGCGCGGUGCCGAGCCGGUCGGCCGCGCGCGAGUCGCCCCUGCGCGAGCACAGAGCUAGAACACUGCUUGUCGACUCAUCGCGCGGUCGUGAUGUUUUUCAGCUGUGAGCUAGGAGCGGCCGCGCGGCGCCGUUAGGACUGGUAACACGUCUUCCCGGGGCGGGUCGGACGGCCCGGCCCGGCCCUGCUGUCCACGGACCGUGGCCGGGCCGGCCGCCGGACCGCCCGUAGUCGCCGCCGCCGCUGCCACCGCGCCGCGUCACCCACAUACAAUCAUAGGGGCGGUCACGUCCGCACUGCCCACGAAUUGUGUAUAUGUAUGCAUUUGUGUGAGAGAGAUGUCUUAACUACAGGGGCGGCGGCCGGGCCGGGGUAUGUGUUAGGAGUUGGCGACUGACGAACGCUGGAGUUUUAGUUAGCUCGGCAGUGACUUGCCGAAUGGGGAGGGGAGUUGAAGGGUCACGGAUCGCGACUGUGUCAGGUGUGUGUGGACCCGGUGACAACUCAGAGAGUCGGAGCACCCAGGGCAUUGUCUCCCGAGGCCAGUCAGAGGUAGACCAGGCCAGCAAGGCGUCCGUGCGCCGUGAAUGAUGCAGAUCUGCCCGCGCCGCCGCCGCCGCCCCGCGCUAGGAACAAACUCGGCCGCGCCCGCCGCGUGUGCCGCGUCUCAGUGUGGGGGCGCCGCACGGACAGGGCGCGGCGCCCCCGUUUGGCCUCCGUGUGGCCAGGGCGCCGCCCGCCCGCCCGCUGUAGGCGGCCAGUGCAGUGUAUUAGAUACAUAUACAGCGCAAAUACACAGCUUUCCCUGUUU